AUGACAGCAUCUUCCGGACAGAGGUCCGAGGCAACAAUGGAAGCUUCGGAGGCAGGCCUGGCCGCCAGCGAGCCUCAGAUCAAGUAUAGGGGUUGGAAAACGAUGCCAUUCCUCAUUGGGAAUGAGACGUUUGAGAAGCUAGCGACGAUAGGCACGUUGGGGAACUUGUUGGUGUAUCUAACGACGUUCUUCCACAUGAAGAGUGUGGAGGCGGCCACCAUCCUCAACGUGUUCAAUGGGACGACGAACUUGGCGACCAUCUUGGGGGCCUUCGUCUCUGACUCCUACCUUGGCCGCUACAACACCUUGGCUUGGGCUUCCAUUGCUUCCUUGUUGGGGAUGCUGUUUUUGACGUUGACUGCGGCCGUCCCGGCGUUGCACCCUCCUCGCUGUGCGGAAGGGCAGACGUGCGUGGAAGCGACGCCAUGGCAGCUCGCUUUCCUUUCCAUCGCCUUCGUCUUCCUCGUGGUCGGAUCCGGCGGCAUCCGGCCGUGCAACAUAGCGUUCGGCGCCGACCAGUUCGACCCCACCACGGACUCCGGCAAGCGCGGCAUCAACAGUUUCUUUAACUGGUACUACUUCACGCUCACCGUCGCCGUCACCGUCUCCGCCACCGUCAUCAUCUACAUCCAGAACUACCUCAGCUGGGCGCUGGGAUUCUGCAUCCCCACCGUCCUCAUGAUCCUCUCCUGCGCCUUCUUCUUCGUCGCGUCGAGCAUCUACGUGAAGGUGAAGCCGGAGGGGAGCCCGGUGACGAGCAUCGUGCAGGUGGUGGCGGCGGCGGCGAAGAAGAGGCGGCGGGUUGAGCUGCCGGACGAUCCCAAGAACUGCCUCCACGACCCUCCUCAUCUCAGUUCCCUCGUCACCAAGCUCCCGCACACUGAUCAGUUCAAAUUUCUUGACAAAGCUGCGGCGGUGUGCCCCGGCGACGAGAUCUGUGAAGACGGGAAGGCGAGGAACCCGUGGCGGCUGUGCAGCGUGCAGCAGGUGGAGACGGUGAAGUGCAUGUUGCGAAUCAUCCCCAUUUGGUCCUCCGGCAUCAUCUACUUCAUCGCCGUCGCUCAGCAGAACACCUACGUAGUCUUCCAAGCCCUGCAGUCCGACAAGCGCAUCUCCGGCCACUUCGAGAUCCCCGCGGCGUCCUUCACCAUCUUCGCCAGCCUCGCGCUCACCCUCUGGAUCGUCCUCUACGACCGCGUCGCCAUCCCGUUCCUCCACCACUGCGCCAGAAAGGAAGACGGGAUCUCGCCUCUGAAGCGGAUGGGCGUCGGCAUCCUCCUCUCCGUCAUGAGCAUGUUCGUGUCCGGUGCCGUGGAGGUUCGCCGCCGGGGAAUCGCGCUGCGGGAGCCGACGCUGGGGGUGAACCCCGGCAGUGGAGCGAUCGCGGCCAUGUCAAGCUUCUGGUUGGUGCCGCAGCUGCUGCUCAUCGGCGUGUCGGAGGCGCUCAACUUGGUGAGCCAGCUGGAGUUCUACUACAAGCAGUUCCCGGAGAACAUGAGGAGCUUGGCAGGGUCGCUGCUUUUCUGCGGCGUCGCCAUUGCGAGCUACUUGAGCGGCCUCUUGGUCAACAUCGUUCAACGGACGACGUCGGAGGGAGUGGAGGACGACGGAUGGUUGGCUGGGGAUUUGAACAAGGGAAGAUUGGAGUUGUUCUACUACAUGAUCGGAUCCAUUGGAGCACUCAACUUCGUCUUUUUCGUUCUUUUCGCGAGGUGGUACAGGUACAAGAACCCAGCGGAGAGCGAUGAUGGCUCCGUCUCUUCCCCUGCCUCCGCCUCCUCCUCUCCCCCUGCCUCUGCCUCUGCCUCUGCCUCCGCCUUCGCCUCCGCUUCCUUAGUGGAAACAAAUGCCUCCUUGGCUCCGCCAUUCAUGGCCAAUUUGGAUGUUCAACGAAAAUAA